AUGAGGCGAGCCUCUCUCUCUUAUCACCCUCCACGGGAACACGCACUGAGCAGCAGGGCGGGCAACUGCGAGCAAGCGACGUGUCAGACACUGCGGCUGACCUAUCGAGGGAUCAGCAACAUAUCCCAAGGAACUUUCAACGGCCUGUCAAGCUUGUACACUUUGGAUCUAUCCCACAACCAGCUGAGCUCGCUUCCGGCGGGGGCGUUCCAGAACCUGACAGGCUUAUACCAAUUGAAGUUGGAUUACAACCAGCUGUCGAGUCUAGAGCGGGGGUCGUUCGACGGCCUGUCAAGCUUGCACACUUUGGUUCUUUCCGACAACCAGCUGAGCUCGCUUCCGGCGGGGGCGUUUCAAGGCUUGGCAAGCUUGUACGAGCUCAGGCUUGACUACAACCAGCUGUCGGGUCUAGAGCGGGGGUCGUUCGACGGCCUGUCAGGCUUGUACACUUUGGUUCUUUCCUACAACCAGCUGAGCUUGCUUCCGGCGGGGGCGUUCCAAGGCUUGGCAAGCUUGUACGAGCUGUGGCUGUGUUACAACCAGCUGUCGGGUCUAGAGCGGGGGUCGUUCGACGGCCUGUCAAGCUUGCACACUUUGGAUCUUUCCUACAACCAGCUGAGCUCGCUUCCGGCGGGGGCGUUCCAAGGCUUGGCAAGCUUGUACGAGCUGUGGCUGUAUAACAACCAGCUGUCGAGUCUAGAGCGGGGGUCGUUCGACGGCCUUUCAAGCUUGCACACUUUGGAGCUAUCCAGCAACUUGCUGAGCUCGCUUCCGGCGGGGGCGUUCCAAGGCUUGGCAAGCUUGUACGAGCUCAGGCUUGACUCCAACCAGCUGUCGAUUCUAGAGCGGGGGUCGUUCGACGGCCUGUCAAGCUUGUACACUUUGUUUCUUUCCUACAACCAGCUGAGCUUGCUUCCGGCGGGGGCGUUCCAGAACCUGACAAGAUUGUCAUAUCUAAGCCUUCGCCGAGGCAUGACAUCGAGUCUAGAGCGGGGGUCGUUCGACGGCCUGUCAAGCUUGCACACUUUGGAUCUAUCCUACAACCAGCUGAGCUCGCUUCCGGCGGGGGCGUUCCAGAACCUGUCAGGCUUAUACCAACUGAAGUUGGAUAACAACCAGCUGUCGAGUCUAGAGCGGGGGUCGUUCGACGGCCUGACAGGCUUGCACACCCUUUAUCUCUACAAAAACCAGCUGAGCUCGCUUCCGGCGGGGGCGUUCCAAGGCUUGGCAAGCUUGUACGAGCUGUGGCUGUAUAACAACCAGCUGUCGAGUCUAGAGCGGGGGUCGUUCGACGGCCUGUCAAGCUUGUACAUCCUUGAUCUUGCCAAGCAUCAGCUGAGCUCGCUUCCGGCGGGGGCGUUCCAAGGCUUGGCAAGCUUGUACGAGCUGUUGCUGUAUUACAACCAGCUGUCGAGUCUAGAGCUGGGGUCGUUCGACGGCCUGUCAAGCUUGCACACUUUGAUUCUUUCCGACAACCAGCUGAGCUCGCUUCCGGCGGGGGCGUUCCAAGGCUUGGCAAACUUGCAAUACCUGUACCUUCACCCCAAUCAGCUGUCGAGUCUAGAGCGGGGGUCGUUCGACGGCCUGUCAAGCUUGCAGUUCCUUGGCCUUACAUCCCAACAGCUGAGCUCGCUUCCGGCGGGAGCGUUCCAAGGCUUGGCAAGCUUGCAAACCCUGUACCUUGGUUACAACCAGCUGUCGAGUCUAGAGCGGGGGUCGUUCGACGGCCUGUCAAGCUUGUACUCUUUGUUUCUUUCCUACAACCAGCUGAGCUCGCUUCCGGCGGGGGCGUUUCAAGGCUUGGCAAGCUUGUACGAGCUGUACCUUGGUUACAACCAGCUGUCGGGUCUAGAGCGGGGGUCGUUCGACGGCAUGCCCAGCAUAUAUCACCUGGAUCUAUCCAGCAACUUGCUGAGCUCGCUUCCGGCCGGGGCGUUCCAGAACCUGACAGGCUUGAAUUCCCUGUACCUUUACUCCAACCAGCUGUCGAGUCUAGAGCGGGGCUUGUACGAGCUGUGGCUGUAUUACAACCAGCUGUCGGGUCUAGAGCGGGGGUCGUUCGACGGCCUGUCAAGCUUGCACACUUUGGUUCUUUCCUACAACCAGCUGAGCUCGCUUCCGGCGGGGGCGUUCCAAGGCUUGGCAAGCUUGUACGAGCUCAGGCUUGACUCCAACCAGCUGUCGAGUCUAGAGCGGGGGUCGUUCGACGGCCUGUCAACCUUGUACACUUUGAUUCUUUCCAGCAACCAGCUGAGCUCGCUUCCGGCGGGAGCGUUCCAAGGCUUAACAAGCUUGGGAAGUAUAGACCUUGAUUAUAAUCAACUGUCGAGUCUAGAGCGGGGGUCGUUCGACGGCCUGUCAAGCUUGCAAUCCCUCAGGCUUUCUAACAACAGGUUGACAUUCAUCCCCUCAGAUGCUUUUGCAAGCCUUCCCCCUCUCAAGUAUUUCACCUUGUCGUCCAACCCUCUCGAAUGCGUGUUCUCUUCGUGGCCCUCUUCCGUCGGGUUGGACUCGAAGCUCCCUGCCUGUGCCAUCACGACAAGCACCUCGGACCAGUCGCACCCCGACACCGCCGGCUGCUUUCUCAACGCCACCUGGGAAGAGAUUGUCGAACAUAGCUGGGCUCCAGCGGAUUCAUUGGCAGGCUCGGGCGACACGUCGAAGUUCAUCUCAGGAGGAUUGGGCGAGCUGAUGACGAUGGACGAAGAGGAGGUGUGGGUGUGUCAGUUUGGGCAUCACUGCGCAGUGGAGAAAGGAGGGAACGAGACAGACGCUUACUGUUUCAUCUACAACGAGACCGGGGAAGCGUUUCGAGAGUGGGGCCUGGCAUCAGAGCUGGGGCUGCUGUGA